AUGGAGCGGAGUCAGGAUAGCGAUCCAUAUCAGUGCGAUGCGGCGCAGACUCAGCCAUCUAGCAUGUCCCCAACGGCAGAAAGCUCGCCUUUAUCAGAACUUCCCGAAACUCCCUCUCUAGAAGUGAGCAGCGCGAUGCGAGGUAACGAUGGACGCGUCGAAGCGCUCAAAAAUGAUGACGGCGAAGAGUCUACGGACGAAAGUUCCGACACCAAGAAGCCAUACGCAUGCCAGUAUUGUGGCAAGACAUAUGUCAGCGAAGCGAAGCUCAAACAGGGACUUGCAUGUACCAAGCACAAACAACAAGUGUCCGACUGCAACCCAGAGUUGCUCACAGAUACACCCACACAGCCGUACAAAUUAGCUCCUAGAUCUAGUCGCGCUGGCACAGUUGCCAAGGACGACAAAGGCAAGCGUAAGGCCACCGACUCACCAGGUGCGAGUCCAAAGUCCAAGCCGGUCGCCAAGCGUGCAACUGCUGUUGCCAAGAAAGAGACGACUACAGCCACUGGACCAAGUCAGGAAGCUGGCCGUUUGCAUCCUCCGUUUGCGUCGCAGUCUGACCUUGAGAGGUCGCCCCAGUAUCAUAUGGCCAUCGAAGAGAACAAUGGUGAUGAGUUGCUCAAGAAGUUGAAUGCACAACAGAGACGUAUCGCAGCCAUGGCAACUCGACACAACAACGGAGUGCGUGUGCCUAUACCGACUCGUCCAGCGCCACAGGCAUCGGACGAACAUCGCACCCAGUUCAACCAUGUGCAUUCCCCUGAGUCUCGUUUGACGCGCUUCCGACCCAUCCAAUCCGCCAACUUCAAGGUGUAUGAGGAAGCUGCUCGUCGUAACAUCCGGCCCAACGAGUUCCUUGCAAGCGCGCCUGGAUCUCGCAUGCCUUCUCGUCAGACGUCGGCCCAACCAGCUGCCGACUUGAACUUGCCGACACAAGGGCAGCUUCAAGGAAUGAAUACGGCUGCACCGACUAAGAAGGGGCCGGUAACUCGGGAGCUCACACAGCCAAUUGCUUUGCAACGCUCUGCUCUACCCGUAGGAGACGAGAACGAUCCCGUAAUGACGCUCCGUAUUCAUAGCAAUACAUACGACAUCAAUGGCACUCCCAUCUUCUCCAUCCUCACGAUCCGCGCGUCGCAGAAGUUCGGCCCUCGACUAGAGUACUAUUGUCAACAGCGAGGCAAGCAGUACGGCAUAGACUGGGUUUUCAUAUACCAAUACGCCCUAGGCGGCCCGGACGAUGACGUGCGAGAUCGUUACAUCAAGAUCGACUACAACAUGACCUUCAGCGAUGUUUAUGAUCCUGAGCGUCCCGACAUCAAACUCCGAGACAUGGACACCAUCAUGAUCAUGAAAGCCAAGUCCCGCCUCGCAACCAUGAUCGAUAAUGGUCGCAGGGGGAUCGAAACUCCGCUAUCGCCAACUGGCUCACAAAUUUCGGAAGACAAUAUCGACAUUGUUGACGGCGAGACCCCGAUCUUCCAGAACGCCGGCACCAUUGCGAACUGGAACCGCAUUGUUGAGAGUAAGAUGAUGGAGUUGGGCAGUCAAGUCAACACCUUGACAUCCGAGAACCAGCGCCAGAAGACGGAGUUGGCUAGGCAGAACCAGAUGCUCGGUAAUAUGAUGAAGCGCAACAAUGCAUCGAUGCAGAGCAGUCAUCCACAGGUUACUGGUCGUGGUGUUCAUGCCUUCCCCUUCGUUGGUCAUUCAACUGCAAACCUCCAUCCCGGCAUCCAACGUGGCCCAACUGUCCAGCGCAACGCGUUCAUGGACCGUCUGGAAGCAGUCCGAGAACCCACUGUGCCAAACGAGUCGCGAAACCGCAUGCAGCAAUACCAGUUCCCAACUCAUCACCCCGGCAUGCAAGGUCGCCGGCCCACUUACGAUAGCGGCGAGCGUGAGGCGUUUCCGGACUUCCAGAGAAUUGAUGCGGCUACGACUCAACCUACACAGUUCGCUGUAUAUGGGAUGGGUGACGACAUGACUUCGUAUGUUCCUGUUCUGCAACAUAUACAGGGCGGGAGUGAUGAAAUGGGCGCUCCGAUGGUGAAGGUUGAGGAUGUGGAAAUGGAGGAGUAG